AUGUAAUUAAAAUCAACAGAGUAAAGUAGAGAUACAAUAAAAGCUGAAUUAGAUAGAGUUAAUAAGAUGUAUCCUUAAUGUUAAAAUGAAUUAACAUAAUAUAAAUCAAAAAAUAAUGAACUUGAACUAAAAAUAAGAUAAUUAAAUCGUGAAAAUCAGGACUAUUAAGAUAGAUAUUAAUCUAUAGAUUUUGAAAAAUUAAAUCGAUUAGAAUUAGAAAUUAAAAGGAAAAUUGAAGUCAUUUAGCAAUCAUAAACGCAUAUCAGAAAUUUAGAAAAUGAGAAGAAGAAUGAAACAAAAGUUAGAGAUUUACUAAAUUAGUUAUAAGAAAAAGAACUUGAAAUUGAAUAAUUGCAUGAGAUGGUUCAAGAAUUAUCAACAACAAUCAGACAAUUAAGAAUGGAGCAUGAAUCGAUUUUAGAGCAAUAAAGCAAACAAUAGAUUAUCAUAAGAGAAACAUAAAAUAAUUAAAAACUUGUUGAAUUAGAGACUAGAAUUGAAGGUUUGAAUGCAGAAAUUGAAAGGUAAAUGAUGCUCAAGGAUUAAAUUUAACUUAAACACGAUAAAUUAAUUGAAAGAGCAACAGAAUACGAAUCAGAAAUUAAUAUGUUAAGGAAUGAACUCUCUAAAACCCAAAAAAGAUUAAGCUCAAAUAAUGCAAGCAAUGCAUAUUUUGUUUCAAAAACCUUUGAAGUACAAAGGACAGGAGAUGUUGCGAAUAAUGCAACAGGAUUGGUUUCAGGUUUUAAUUUUGAGGACUCUAAAAAAAUUAAGUCAAUAGUGAACACUGUUUAACACAGAUCUGAUGUCUCUAAUUACAGUUCAGCAGUUAAAGAAUCCUAAUAUUCAAAUAAAUCACCUUCAUAAGCUUAAUCAUUUAAUCCUCUUCGAUCAGAUAUAAUCAAACAAAAAGCGUAAUAUUUUCGAACUGAAGAGUACCAAAAUAUUUGA